GAACGAGGGAGGAGAAAGCGUACGAUUGUGAAAAGUAUGAGAAGAUUGAUGGAGGUCCCAUUCCCAGACAGACAGCUCAAAUUCAAUGAUCCAAAAUGGAAAAAAAGAACAGCCUAAAAGCAAAGAUUAACUGAAAAUCCAAUGUAUUUGUAGCAGCAAAUAACCAAUCCAAUCCAAUAUUCUCUCUUUCUCUCUCCUCAAUUAAACAUCUUGAUCAUCCUGGAGAGUGCAAAAACACAAUGCCAACCGUUGCUCUUGAACCGCUCCUUCACCAAUCUAUCAGACAAUCUCACCCCAAAAUUCAUAUAAUUCGGCCUCGAAAAAUUGUACCCUUUUCACUGAAUUUCAGUUCAAGAAUUGCCAAAAUUGGUGGGAGUUUUGUUAGCUAUGGACCUUCAAAACCCCUCUUUCUUACUGCUUGUUCUGCAACUACUACGCUUCCUGUUGCCUCGCAAUCACAACCUACGGCAAUUGUUUACAGUGAGACAUUUGAGUUGCAAUGGACGAAAAAGGUGGAGGGCAAGAUGUGUAUUAGACUAGAUCAAGGGGAAGAUGGAGAUAGUUGGAAAUGGACAGUUGGGUGCACUGUUCCAGGGAAGUGGGUUCUACACUGGGGUGUGAAUUAUAUAGGCGAUGUGGGAAGGGAGUGGGAUCAACCUCCAAUUGAAAUGAGGCCUCCAGGUUCUGUUGCUAUAAAGGAUUAUGCUAUAGAGACACCAUUGGUACAAUCAUCUUCCUCUGAGGGCAAGGACAGUCUUCAUGAACUAACCAUCAAUUUCGAUUGCAAUAGUAGAAUUGCGGCUAUCAACUUUGUGUUGAAGGAUGCAGAAACUGGAUCAUGGUAUCAGCAUAAAGGGAGGGAUUUUGUGGUGCCUCUUGUUGAUUAUCUCUGUGAUUAUGACAGUGGUAGCGGAAUGAAGAGGGAAUUAAGUUCAUGGCCAGGAACUUUUGGACAGAUGUCUGACAUGCUUCUUCAAAGUGAAGGCCCUGAGGGUAGAGAUGAAGGAAGUGGUGAAGAAGCGUCUGCUGAACCUACUUUAGCAAAUAGGUUACUUGAAGGGUUUUACGAAGAGCAGCUUAUAGUAAAAAAAGUUCCUGUUUGUAAUUCACUUUCUGUCUCUGUGAAAAAAUGCUCGGAGACAGAUAAGAAUAUUGUCUCCAUAGAAACUGAUUUGUCUGGGGAUGUAGUAGUUCACUGGGGAGUAUGUAGAGACAAUGCAACGAAAUGGGAAGUACCAGUGGCACCACAUCCACCAAAUACUGAAUUAUAUAAGAAUAAGGCAUUGCGUACAAGAUUGCAGCCCAAAGGGGAUGGAUUUGGAGCUAAAGGAGUUUUUACUUUAGAUAAAGAAAUUACUGGAUUUCCCUUUGUCCUGAAGUUGAAUGAUGAUACAUGGUUGAACAAUAGAGGAAAUGAUUUUUUUAUCCUUCUUUCUGAGACUCAAAGUGGAGGUAGUCCAUCUGAAGAAAUAGAAAAGAAGGUAUCUUCAGAAACAAUCUCUACUUCUGUGAGAACGGAAGAAGACCAACCAAAAGAAGAUCAAGAAGAUCUUCCCCCUACUUUUACUGAUGGAAUCAUCAAAGAGAUACGGAAAUUAGGUACUGGCAUUUCCUCUGACAUAAAAUGGAAAACAAAGAGUAAAGAAGCACAGGAAAGUAUUCUGCAAGAGAUCGAGAAGUUGGCUGCCGAAGCAUACAGUAUCUACAGAAGCUCAACUACAGCCUUUCUUAAGGAAGCUGUUUCAGAAACUGAGGAAUUAGAAAUUCCAGCAGAAAUUUGCUCUGGGACAGGGACUGGAUUUGAGAUUCUAUGUCAGGGAUUUAAUUGGGAGUCCCAUAAAUCUGGAAGAUGGUAUAUGGAGCUCCUCGAAAAAGCUCCCGAGUUGUCAUCACUUGGUUUUACUGUAAUUUGGAUGCCACCACCUACUGAAUCUGUAUCACCUGAGGGUUAUAUGCCAAGUGAUCUUUACAACUUAAACUCGAGAUAUGGUACAAUUGACGAGCUGAAGACUGUUAUCAAGGCAUUUCAUAAAGCUGGCAUUAAAGUUUUGGGAGAUGCUGUCAUAAAUCACCGCUGUGCACACUCCAAGAAUCAAAAUGGUAUUUGGAAUAUUUUUGGAGGCCGCCUUAAUUGGGAUGAUCGUGCAGUAGUUGCUGACGACCCUCAUUUCCAGGGUAGAGGCAAUAAAAGUAGUGGAGAUAACUUCCAUGCUGCACCGAACAUUGAUCAUUCACAAGACUUUGUAAGAAAUGAUCUUAAAGAAUGGUUGCGUUGGCUAAGGAAAGAUAUUGGCUAUGAUGGCUGGAGGCUUGAUUUUGUGCGUGGAUUUUGGGGUGGUUAUGUCAAGGAUUACAUUGAUUCCAGUGCACCCUACUUUGCUGUUGGGGAGUAUUGGGAUUCACUUAGUUAUACGUAUGGAGCGAUGGAUUAUGAUCAAGAUGCUCAUAGACAAAGAAUUGUCGACUGGAUCAAUGCGACUGGCGGAACUGCGGGUGCAUUUGAUGUCACCACAAAAGGAAUUCUUCAUUCCGUUCUGGAGAGAUGUGAAUAUUGGCGACUGUCUGAUCCGAAUGGAAAACCGCCCGGGGUUGUUGGCUGGUGGCCUUCUCGUGCAGUUACCUUCAUUGAAAAUCACGACACUGGUUCCACCCAGGGUCAUUGGAGAUUUCCUGGUGGCAAGGAAAUGCAAGGUUAUGCUUACAUCCUGACUCACCCUGGAACACCAGCAGUUUUCUACGACCACAUCUUUUCAGACUACAAAUCGGAAAUAUCUGCACUCAUCUCUGUCAGAAAUAAAAACAAGAUCAGCUGCAGGAGCAGAGUUAAGAUAACCAAAUCAGAGAAGGAAGUAUAUGCAGCAAUUAUAGAUGAAAAAGUGGCUAUGAAAAUCGGACCUGGUCAUUACGAGCCACCAAAUGAGUCCCAGCAAUGGUCUGUGGCUGUUGAGGGCAGAGAUUACAAGGUUUGGGAAGCAGUAUGAGUACCUGCAUCGGUUUCUUGAAUCAAGGUUGGGAGCAUUUCAAGAUGUAUUUCUCAAUGUAGAUUAUGUUGUAAAGUAGUCAUUAUUACAAAUGCACGGAGUCUAUCUAUAAUUAUUGUACAGGAAAACCAGGAAAGAUUGCAAUUGCUGAAAUUGGAUCUGCUCUGCAGUCUAGCUGUGUUAUUCUUGCUUUUAUUUAACUGGAGAAUUAAGUAUGAACACGAUGUUAGUUUUUUAGUACUGGGACGAAUGUACAAUUUUAUGUACGAAUACCAUUUAUUACAAUACACGAGAUACUCGUGUUUAUUCA